AUGGCCUCAAGUGACAAAGCUAACGGCUCGUCUACGCAGACGAGCGACACGGUUCCUUUCAUCAUUAACGGGAAAGAUGUCACCUCAACCUCGACCUUUGCGGUGAACAACCCCAGCACCGGCAAGGAGCUCUGGAAUGGCUCUUCUGCCUCAAUCAGCGAGGCGAUCGGGGCCGUCGAGGCAGCCCAGGCAGCCUUUGCCUCAUGGUCUCAGACCAAACCGAGUUUUCGAAGAGGCAUCAUGUUCCGCGCGGCAGACCUCUUUGUAAGCAGAAAGGAGGAGCUAUUCUCCUAUCAGAGCCAAGAGACGGGUGCGGGGCGGCAGUUCAUGGAGAUCAACAUUAAUGCUACGGCGCAGAUCCUCAGGGAUAUUGGCGGCAGAAUUGAAGCUGCGGUUGAAGGGUCUGUUCCUGUGACGGCAGAGGAGGGCUCACAUGCAAUCAUGGUCAAAGAGCCGUAUGGCGUCGUUCUCGCUAUUGCCCCAUGGAAUGCUCCAUACGUGCUGGGGGCACGAUCAGUUGCGUUUGCCCUGGCAACAGGCAACACGACGGUUCUCAAGGGUUCCGAACUCAGUCCACGCGUGUUUUGGGCCAUUGGCGACAUCUUUCGACAAGCUGGCCUACCGGACGGUUGCCUCAACAUCAUCUAUCAUCGACCGGCAGAUGCGGCUGCCGUCACAGAAGCGCUGAUCGCCCAUCCAGCAAUCAAGAAGAUCAACUUUACUGGCAGCACCCUUGUCGGAAGCAUCAUCGCCAGCUUGGCAGGUAAACACGUAAAGCCGCUUUUGCUGGAACUGGGUGGGAAGGCCAGCGCCAUAGUUCUCCAAGACGCGGACCUGAAAAAGGCCGCUGCCAGCUGCGCAGUUGGCGCCUUCAUCCACGGUGGCCAGGUGUGCAUGUCGACGGAGCGCAUCCUGGUGCACAAGUCGAUUGCGGAAGAUUUCAGCGCCGCUCUCAAAAAGGCCACGCAGAAGCUCUUUGGAUCCGAGGCUCCACCGUUUGUGCUGAUCAAUUCCACGGCCGUGCAGAAGAACAAGCGGCUGAUUGCCGACGCGGUCAGCAAGGGCGCGGUGACCCUGUUAGGCAAUGCCGAGGCCACCGAAGACCAGCCGACCAAGAUGAGACCCAUCAUCGUUUCCAACGUGUUCAAAGACAUGGAAAUAUAUUACACGGAAUCUUUCGGGCCGACAGUGUCUCUGAUGACGUUUGAAACGGAGGAGGAGGCUCUCACGGUCGCGAAUGACACCGACUACGGACUUUCGGGGGCCAUCUUCUCCGAGGACUUGAAAGCCGCCAUGAGGGUCGCUAGGAAGUACGAGUCCGGGGCAGUCCACAUAAACUCGAUGACUGUGCACGAUGAAGCUUCGUUGGUGCAUGGAGGAGCCAAGAAGAGCGGCUAUGGAAGGUUCAAUGCUGCGCAAGGCUUAGGGGAGUUUCUCAGGUACAAGACCAUUACCUGGAGGGAGUGA